AUGUUUUUCAGCGAUUAUAAGCUUCUAAGGUCCGACAAUGCUGCUUCGAGUCCGCUGAAAAUCGCCCUUCAGAUUCUUAUUCUACAGUGUUUCUACUAUUUGACGGCUUUGGUUGUGUUUUAUCUUGUAUCUCUGCUAAAUGGGUACGAUUUCAAUGUGGACUGGGUUUUCUCGUGGGAAUUGAUCGAGGCCGACAAUGCCAUGGGUCUCACGUUGUUUGCACUUUGGCUAUUUGACUCGCUUCUUUGUGUUUUCUUUGUCACUCUUAUCGUGGGACGGUCAAAGCUAGCGUGGGAUUUUGCUGUGACCGUCCACAUUUUGAACCUUGUGGUGGUCUGGCUCUAUACGGGGAAGUUUCCCACAUCCAUUUUGUGGUGGUGUUUGCAAGUUUUAAGCGGAGCAUGUUUGGUGACGCUAUCCACAUAUUUGACAAGAUGGAGAGAACUCAAGGACACGUUUUUCGACAAUAUGCUUGACCAGCAAGAAUUGGGCCAGGUCCGCCAUACAGAGUCGAUUCCGAUGACACCAAUGGCGAAUCAGCCGCUGUCUUAG